AUGGUUGACCUUUUCCUGGACGCUGCAAGCGAACAUUGCAAAGUGAUUAUUUGUGACGAUGAAGGCUGCAACGGCCUGGUCAAGAAGGCCAUUUUUGGCCAAUUGGAGGCCAAAUACCGCCGCAGGUUCCAUGAGACCAAAUUCUUUGCAGAUCUCACCUUCUCCAAGAUUGAAGCUCUGCAGCAAUUGCCACGCAUGCCAGUCAAGGUUUGCUCUCUACGAGGCAGGACUUUGUUUGUGUUGCCAGGGCCGGCGCACAGCAACAAGAACAGCAAUGGGCAAGUCAUGUCUGAAGUGAGAUGCCCAUACUUUGGGCGCUUUUGGUGUGAUGCUGCAUUUGCUUUGGAUCGAGGAAUGCCUGUUCCAGCGUACACAAGGAAAGACCCGAUGAGUGACAGGCUGGCAAGUCUGUUUGGGAAUCCUUUCUACAUCCUGGAUCAGCGAGAUGCAGCUGCCACCAGCUGGGACACUAUUUGUAUUCCCUGGCAUUUGAAGGGCUUCCUUUUGUGGAAUCUCACGACGGCGCUGUGCAUUGAAACUAGUUUGCAAUGUGAGGCCUUUGCUCCUGCAGUUCACGACCUGCUUGACUUGGCUACCCGUAGCGAACUGGCUUUGACAGGGUUCAUCCUGCAGGAUCUUUGGGCUGUGGUCGCUACGGAUGCAGAGAAGAACCUCGGCCGACCAAAAGGUUCCAUGCAGAUUGCAGCCCGCACUCGUCAAAACAUGCAGAGCGUGGCCUUGGCAACUGCUGUCAUUUGCAAAGAAAAGGACUCCGAUUGGCACCCGUUUGGUCCUGGUCAUCCGUUAUCGGAAAUACACUUGGAAAGGAUGUUUGGUCGCUAUCGCUGUGCCAAUACCAACCCGGACUUGACCGUGACGGAUUUCUGGCGAGUGAAUGCUCAGAUUGCCUUCAGGACAGCUGCAGAAAAACAACAGGCAGAUAGCAGCAAGGCAAAACCUGUGGAGGAACCUCCCCUUUCAGACAAGCAGCUGCUUGUUGUGAUUUGUUUUACAUUACCUUUUUUGCAUCCUUUUUCAUCCCUUUCUUUUUGA